AUGAAGCUGCUUUCAGGUGGAAUUGCGCAAUGGAUGGCAUCCAUUGGGGCCAAACAUACGCGUCUCAUCCUGUAUGCCUCAGUCAUCUGCAACGUUUCGUUUGUGAUAUUUUUGAUGUUUCAGUACUCUGGCACGGAGAUUGAGGACGUUGUCUUGGGAGCACAAAAGCAUAUUGCAAAGCCGCUCAUUUCACUAAUCACAGGCGAAAAUGCCUCCGUCAAGUAUGGUGAGGCUGGACAGAUCACGUUGAUCAAGACCUCUCUUGAAAAAGAAUUGGUAAAGAAAUUGCAAACUGUGGAUUUUACCAAGGGCCAGAACUGGCUGUUAGAUACAGACGUGAAGCAGACGGAGGUGAAGGUCAAAUUUGGCGAUUACGUUGAGUUUCGCGAUAAGAAGAACGGCAAAGGUAAGCCUGCUAUUCCAAAAGGCAAGACGCCCCCAAAGCUUGAUCACCUUGGCAUGGGAGGGGACUCCAAGCAGUCCGAGGACACAAAGCCAGCUGAAGAUAAAAAACUGGAAGUCGCAGUUGAUGGAAAACCAGCUCUUCUCAAGAGAGCGGCCACCAGAGUAGACGAGGUUUCCUCGCCUAAGCCGUUGAAGUUCGACAUUAGGGUUACACUGGCCCUCUAUCUUCAUUAUAUCCGGACUGAGUUCGAGAAGAAGAACCCUACAAAUGUUCCUAAAUCAGAGAAGGUAGCCAUUUCUGUUCCUUUUACCUGGAGCGACUGGGUCGACCUCACUUAUCUCAAUCGCUACAUAGCGCUCCCAGAAGCCCAAAAACCAACCUGUGAGUGGCUCAACUCCCAGGCAUGGAAUGGCCGUGUAUCGAGAACCGAUUACUGUGUCGAUUCGAAAGACAUACCACUGACCAGUCUCAAGCGUAUCGGUGUUUCGACUUUGGAAGAGCUCCCUGGACUUACUGUAAUAGACGGAAUGGACGAGCCCUUUACCGAGGAAGCCAGAUUGAUCAUGGGAAAGAGCCACUUGCUGACAUUCUCUCCAAGACCGUUCAAUGUGAUAUUCCUCGCUCCAAACGGCUCAUAUGAAGUCAAUGUCAACGCCCAAAGAAGGAGAGAGGCUUUGACGUCUUUUCUGAUCAAAUAUGCGUCAGACAACAAAAUCAAGGUGACUGAAGACACAGAGAUAACUCUGGAUCCAGCAAAGGAGUUUCAAAAAUUGUUGGACAGCGUUUACCCAAGACCGCCCCGGUUGAACACUGAUGGUGUGGACUUCGACCACAUGCUCCAGAACAACGGCUACGAAUUCAGUCUGGACCCCAAGACUUUCCACGUCUCCCAAAAGGAUUUUGACAACGAGGUGGAGGUGUACCAAGGACGUAUGUCUGACAUUAGGAAGUUGAGUUCGCAGGGAUAUGUGGAAAACUCCAAGUUCAAAGAGCUCUCUCUCUCAGUUCACGAAUAUAGCUACUACGAGGCUCUCCUGCAUUCCAAGAAGUUCAACGCACAGACCAUGCCUCGCUACUUCCAUUUGGCCAGGCUCACUCAUAAGACGAAGGAGAACCCAGAUGACACUGGCUGGCACUACGAAUGGAGGUUUUUCGACGGAAGACUCAAGUACGCAAAAGAGGGAUUCACCUUGGAAGAAAUGAGAGAACGAGAGAAGAUCGUGCUCCAUAGACUGGUCAGGAACUGGUUCCGUUUCCAAUAUCAGCGUGGAAUUGUUUCCUGGUUGACCCACGGAGGCUUGCUUGCAUGGUACUGGGGUGGAAUGUCUUUCCCCUAUGACAUCGACCAGGAUGUGCAGAUGCCUGUCCAGGAGCUCAUUAGAUUUGCAAAGAACUAUAACCAGACGCUUGUGGUGGAGGAUCUGAACGAGGGAUUCGGAAGAUUCUUUAUUGAUGUCAACACCUUUGUUCCAAUCAGAGAAGCUGGCAACAAGAUGAACAAUAUCGACGCUAGAUUCAUUGACGUGGAUACCGGUCUUUACAUUGACAUCACCGGAUUGGCCAAAACCAAAGAGCCUAAGCCAAAAAGAUAUUUACCUCUUUUGGGAAAGGAGUCGAAGACAUCCAUCAAAGCCCUUGACGCAAAAGAGAUCUACAAUUGUCGUGAGCCCCAGUUCUACCACAUCAGUGAGAUUUCUCCUCUGAGAUACUCUCUUUAUGAGGGAGUACCAAUGCUUAUUCCUCGCGAUGUCAAGGGAACGAUGGAGAUUGAGUAUUCUAAAAAGGCUGUUGAUUACCCCUAUUAUGACGGCCAUUUCUAUGUGAAGCAUCUUCGUCUUUGGAUCCGUGAGGCGAAAUUGCUGUCUUUAUUGGAAGACAAGAAAGACGAGUUGCUCACAAGGGAAGGAGACGUAACUAAGGUCAACGUGGAUGCGAUGAUCGACGAGAUUGAGAACCUAAGCGAUGCCCAGGUCUUGCAAUUGCUUGAUGAUGAAGGAAUUUUCAAGGAGUUUUAUCUCACCCAUGAUGUCACGAUGUUACAUGAGCGUGAAAAGGCAGUGGGAAGCCCACAUACCCCAAAGAUGGACGCCGAAAUGAAGGAGAAGUACGCCAAUCUCGUGUCUACUUUCACCAAGCAAAAAGCUUUUAGAAAACCCUUGUUCCAAUACCAACAGAUCGAGAGACUUGAACACCAGGAAAAGCCUAAGAAAAAGAAGAAGGGAAAGAAGACCAAGCAGAAGGCCAAGGACGCCCAAUGA